GUGUAAGGGUUUUACUUUUACGUAGCAUUAAGUAUUUCCAGCUGCAUUGUCAACAACAAAUUUUUGAAAAAAUAUGUCAUUUCGUUUUCCCAGCCUUGUUCCUGGUGCUAUAGACCCUUUAUGGUUUACAGUAGAUCGUCCAUGUGAUGACGAAAAUGAAUUAGAACAACUGGAGAAGGAGCACGAUCUUUGGCUGGAAAGCAUAGCAAAGAAAGACAAUAAUGUAGUGCCCAUUGGGAAGACGGCAUCAGAGCAUGUAGAAGACGAUGAUGAAGAUGAGGAUGAUGAUGAGGGAGAGGAUGAUGAUGAGAGUGACACUAAUGAUGAUGAAUUGGACACAGACAUGUUAGAUGAACGUGAUUCUGGGGACGAUGCUGGAUAAUGAAUGAGAUUUGAAAUGCAAUGUUAUUUGAAAUUUUGUGAUUUUCAAAGACAGGGAUUUAACAGAGACUAUCUGACAAGACUGAGAAAGAUUUCCAUGAAUUAUCAUCAAUACUUUUAGUUGGAUAACUAUUAGCAGCAGAGCUAUGGAAUACCCCAGCUUGUAUUUGCCUUAUGUACUUGUAUAUUGUGAUGUUUUCCAUGAUAAUGGAAGACCAGAUAAAGUAAUGAUGUCUCAUGAUAUUUACAGGUUCUAAUAAAUAAUUCUGUAACAUGUA